AUGGCCCAGAAUGGAGAGCCCGUGAUGCGCAGGAAGCUCGUGAUUAUCGGCGACGGUGCGUGCGGUAAAACCAGUCUCCUGAGCGUCUUUACGCUUGGUUACUUCCCUACUCGUUAUGUGCCAACCGUCUUCGAAAAUUACGUCACCGAUUGCAGAGUGGAUGGCAAGUCCGUUCAGCUAGCUCUAUGGGAUACCGCAGGACAAGAAGAUUACGAACGCCUGAGACCUCUUGCGUAUAGCAAAGCGCACGUCAUCUUAAUCGGCUUCUCCGUCGACUCACCCGACUCCCUGGAGAACGUUAAGCACAAGUGGGCCGAAGAGGCACGAGAACGCUGCCCAGGCGUGCCAAUCAUAUUAGUCGGCCUUAAGAAAGAUCUCCGCGAAGACCCACUGGCACAGGAAGAGAUGCGCAAGAAGUCGCUCAAGUUCACGACUUCGAAAGCGGGCAGCGAUAUGAAGGAGGUCAUUGGCGCGCGGAAGUACCUCGAAUGUUCAUCACUCACGGGUGAUGGCGUCGACGACGUUUUUGAGGCUGCAACCCGUGCUGCCCUUCUUUCUCAAGACAAGAAGGAGAGCGGCGGCUGCUGCGUCAUCAUGUGA